AUGGCGACAAAUGACGGAGGAGAACGGCGAGCGACAGAGGCCAGCACCGCUGCGGCUGCUGCGGCUGCACCAAAGACUGCGUGGGACGAUGCGGCCUGGGCCCAGUCCCGCCUCUCCCUGCCAGAUCCCAUUCGCAUUCCUCUCGCGGCCACGGCAGCCUUUGCGGUCGGCAUGGGUCUCGGGGCAGCGCAGGGCAGCACGAUGGCUGGGAUGCGGUUCCGUGCAGAGCACGCGCACAAGCUUCCGCAGACGACGACCGGCUGGUACCUCUACCACAAGUCCAAGAACUACCACGUGGCCCACGGCGGCAUCCGUGAGGGUCUGAAGAUGGGCGCCCGCGUGACGGUCUGGACGACGGCCAUGUUCGCGAUCGAGACGCUGUUCGACAAGUACCGCGGCCAGAUGGACCUGGCCAACACCGUUCUCGCCAGCGUCACCGUUGCCGGUGGCUUUAGCUUGUGGAACCGGUUCCCUCUGGCCACGGCUGCACGCACGACGAAGACGGCUCUGCUUGUGGGGCUGGCCUAUGGAGGCGUGCAGGACCUCGCCAGCGUCCUGAGAGGCCGACCUGUCAGCUAUGUCGACUUUGUCAAGAAGAGAUUCCGUCGCGCCGGAGCCGGAGACGUGGCGCCACCAGCAGAUAGCCAACAAGAGCACUCGCUGUGA